AUUUAAGGCGCGCGAGCGCAGCGGCCAGAGGCAGAGAAGCGCGAAGGAGCGGCGAGACGAGGAUCGGAGUCCCUGCGCAGCGUCCAGCCACCGCCACAAGACCAUGAGGGAGAUCGUGCACCUGCAGGCCGGCCAGUGCGGCAACCAGAUCGGGGCCAAGUUCUGGGAAGUCAUCAGUGAUGAGCACGGCAUAGAUCCCACCGGCACUUACCACGGAGACAGUGACUUGCAGCUGGAGAGGAUCAAUGUCUACUACAAUGAGGCCUCAGGUGGCAAGUACGUGCCCAGAGCUGUCUUGGUCGACCUGGAACCUGGCACCAUGGACUCGGUCAGGUCCGGCCCUUUUGGGCAGAUAUUCAGGCCUGAUAACUUUGUCUUUGGUCAAAGUGGUGCUGGGAAUAACUGGGCCAAAGGCCACUACACGGAAGGCGCUGAGCUGGUGGACUCUGUCCUAGAUGUGGUCAGGAAGGAAGCCGAGAGCUGUGACUGUCUCCAGGGGUUCCAGCUCACCCACUCGCUAGGCGGGGGCACCGGAUCAGGGAUGGGGACCCUCCUGAUCAGCAAGAUCCGCGAGGAAUACCCUGAUCGUAUCAUGAACACCUUCAGCGUGGUGCCAUCACCCAAGGUUUCGGACACAGUGGUGGAGCCUUACAACGCCACUCUCUCAGUCCACCAGUUGGUGGAGAACACAGACGAGACCUAUUGCAUUGACAAUGAGGCUCUGUAUGACAUCUGCUUCCGUACCCUAAAGCUCACCACUCCGACUUACGGAGACCUCAACCACUUGGUGUCCGCCACCAUGAGUGGCGUGACCACCUGCCUCCGUUUCCCCGGCCAGCUCAACGCAGACCUCCGCAAGUUGGCCGUCAACAUGGUGCCCUUCCCUCGCCUCCACUUCUUCAUGCCCGGUUUCGCCCCCCUGACCAGCCGCGGCAGCCAGCAGUACCGGGCUUUGACCGUGCCCGAGCUCACGCAGCAGAUGUUUGACGCAAAGAACAUGAUGGCAGCCUGUGACCCACGCCACGGCCGCUACCUAACGGUCGCAGCCGUCUUCCGCGGCAGGAUGUCCAUGAAGGAGGUGGACGAGCAGAUGCUGAACGUCCAGAAUAAGAACAGCAGCUACUUUGUGGAAUGGAUCCCCAACAAUGUCAAGACGGCGGUUUGCGACAUCCCGCCCCGUGGCCUCAAGAUGGCCGCCACCUUCAUCGGCAACAGCACGGCCAUCCAAGAGCUCUUCAAGCGCAUCUCCGAGCAGUUCACAGCCAUGUUCCGCCGCAAGGCUUUCCUCCACUGGUACACAGGCGAGGGCAUGGAUGAGAUGGAGUUCACAGAGGCCGAGAGCAACAUGAACGACCUGGUCUCCGAGUACCAGCAGUACCAAGAUGCUACUGCUGAAGAAGGGGAGUUUGAAGAGGAGGCAGAAGAAGAAGUAGCAUGAAGAUCUCCUCCUUCUCCUUCCCCCAUGACUCCUCCUUCUUCCCACCAGUCUUCUGAACCAAUGGACCAUACUGCUUGCGCUGGCAUAGACUUGAGCGUUCUAGGCCAGGGCUGGGGAGCCAGCAGCCUUCCAGCUGCUGUUGGACUUCACCUCCCAUCUUUCCUGACCAUUGGCCAAGCCGGCUAGGGUCGAUGGGAGUUGUGUGUCCAGCAAUGUCUGGCGGGCCGCCGUUUCCCCAUCCCUGCUCCAGCCCAACCUAAAGCAAUUAAAAGAGUUGUGAAUUUAAGUCCUUCCCACCUACCCAUUGCAAAUAUUUAAAAGGAGUGAUGGCUGCAGAAUUGGUGACGGGGUAGAGGCUUCAGAGUCGUGUUUGGGAAUGGCAGUAAGUGGGUAAUAUGUCUAGCUAUAAAGCACUAUAUUUUCUCAGCUGACCCCCACAUCCUUUCUUUCCUCUCUGCCCACCCUCCAAGGCACCUUUCCUGCUGCAAUGUCUGUCCUUAGUGUUCUGUGGUCAUGUGAGUUUUUUUGUUUUCGGAGAUGAGUAUGCACUAACUCGUAACUCGCAUUGUUUUUUUUUCCAUCCAUGCUGGGCUUAAAGAAAAGAUGAAUGGAACUCAGGGGGGGUUGGUUUGAGGGGGGUGGGGCUCUGUCCUUUAGGGUGAAAUGUAGUCCCCCUUUUGAGUGUUUGCUGUCAAAGCAGUUAUGUCUCCAUAAUAAACUACUGAAUAACGAUAA